UGUCUCUGCUUCACUGAGCACAUCUCUCAGAAACACUGUCACAUCUUCCUCUUUUGUGACUGUAAGUCACAGGGUCAAGUGCGGAGCAGUGCAAUCACAGAAGGAACUUGGAAUCAUAGAGGCAAGCUGCUCUAGAGUGAGCAGAGUGGGAGAAGAGAGGAGUUUAGGUGAGCAAGCAGGAACUGCUAGAGCGAGGGGUGCUGGGAGGAACAAUGUCAGAAACCAUCACCUAUGCAGAUGUGCAGUUCAUGAAAGCUCUGAGGAAGAACACCUCCAACCCAAGGCAGGAGUUCGACGAGGAUGGGGAUCUCACCUAUGAGAACGUACAGGUGCACUCAGCCCCAGAGGCGCCCACAGGCCUGACGCUGCCCCCUGAAUCAGAAAACCAAGCAGCAGCUGAGGCAGAGCAGCCAGCCGCAUCCUGCAGCAAAACCAUGCCCACAGCUGCCAGGCAGAUGCUCCCCUGUCAUGGCCACCCUUGCUACUCACAAUGCAUCCUGCUCCUCACCUGCCUGCUGCUGGGAGUGGCUGCCAUCUUCCUGGGCAUGCGAUAUCUGCAGACAUUCCAGCAGCUUGGGCAACUGAGCAGAGUGCUGGAACAUACCAACAGCAGCCUUCAGGAGCAGCUCCUCCUUGGAAAAGUCAACCUGGGACAGAUAGAAAAGGACCUGCAGGACACCAAGGAACAGCUGGCCCAGAGCCAGAAAGCACUAGAAGAGGAGCAGAGGGCACACCAAGCUGCCAAGGAGCAGCUGCCGGUCUGCCAGGCAAACAAGGAGAAGACACAAGAGACCUUGCAGUCUGUGCAGCAGAAGCUGAGCCCCCUGCAGGACAAAAUGAGGCCCUUCUUCACCUGCCCCUCACAAGACAUCUGCUGUGCGGUCGGCUGGAUACCCACCCAGGGAAGAUGCUUUCACGUCUCAUUCACUGAGAGAAAUUGGCAGAGUAGCCAGGAGUACUGCAAAUCUCUGUCAUCCAACAUGGCCACACUCAGAGAUUCUUCUUGGGGUCGUUUUUAUUAUGAACAUUCUCCCUGGAAGAGCUUGUUGUCGCAAUUAUCCAAGGACACUUCCUUUUGGGUUGGCCUCAGCUACAACAAGGGCUGGUGGUGGAGUGACGGCACGCCGUAUAAUGGGUUUCAUUAUUAUAUUUCAAAUUGUGCCAUGUUACAGUACAAUGAAUUAUGGUCUCUGCAGCAAAAAGCAUGUAGUUCCCCUCUUCCCUGCAUCUGUGAGAUGGCAUCUUUCAGGUUUCCAGAUGGGAAUCACUCUGCAUAAUCCAGAUGUUCAUGCCAAGAGAUUUCUGGGUCAUCCCCUCUGACCUGGAGGCCUUCAGUGCCCAGCAUUUCCUCACUGGACAGUGCCCAGCCGAGGCCUGACCCACAACUGACACUUAUAGGCAGCUUGCUGCAUGCUUCAAACCACAGUCUGAAAAUUGGUCUGUUCCUAGGAAGAGGGUGAAGAAGCUUCUGGAAGAGAUUCUGCACACCAUGGCCAAGAACCUGCUUGGAUGGCAUGGGAGUGGGGGCAAGGAGGAGGUCACAAGGGCUGAGUGGAUGAGGGCAGCCCAGAGCCAGCCAGGCAGUUUCACUCAACUCGGUUUAAAUAACUUUCAAGUGUUGGUCUCAUGUGUCAACAAUACUGUGUGUGGUUGCGUGAGCCUCAGAGAGCGAGUCCAACGGUUCAGUCAGCCAAGUGCU